AUGGCUUCCGCGUUAUCCCCCCGUUUCCAACAAGUCUUUCCGCCUCCCAUGGACGAUGUGUACAUGGAUCAGAUGGAUCUGAAAACCCUCUACCGUUUCUCUUGGACUUGCAAGGAGCUAAACAACCGCGUUUCGGGCUAUAUGCACUGCGCCUUCCGUCCCGAAAAUUUAUUUGCUCCUAUCUUCAAACCCGAUGAACAUUUGCCAUUUCGUCUUCUCCAGUUCAAGACUGGCCUAGUUAUUUCAGGUUCCACCGUUUUGCAUUUUAUCAAUCGUGCUAAUACAUGGAUUCCGGGUGACAUGGACAUGUAUGUUGAGCACAGAUAUGCACUUCCCGUUCUUUCCUGGAUGAUGUCCAUUGGAUUUACCAUCAUGCCGCAUCCCAAAUAUCCGGACAACGCCACGGCGGAACAAAUUUUGAAAAUGGAAAAAAUCGUCCUUCAGGAACAUCCUCUUCAUCGACAUUACAAUACCACCGGAGUGGUCAUUAACCUAUGGCGCCAAGGUUCUUUUGUCCAACUGAUUACGACUUGUCAAUCGGUGGUAGAGUGCAUUUUGGGGUAUCAUAGCACCGGCGUCAUGAAUUUUGUUACCUUUGAGAAGGUGUACAGCUUGUAUCCAAAUGCUACCUUUGGACAUCAAGUCUCUCUGUUGCAACCUCCUGCCGACCUCAAGCGCGCGCAAAAAUUUCUUGCAAAAUAUCAUUCCCGUGGCUUGAAAUUUGUUCUUUCCAUUCUAUUGCAAACUUUGAAAAUGGACUGCCAUAUCCGAAGCAGGAUACAGUCUAUCAGGGACAACUUAAAUGUUGGAUAUAGUUCAUCUCGUGGUCAUGUUCUCGUUGAGCUGCAUUACGAUCCUUGUCCAGAGUUGUUCUCUCCUGGGAUUAGACGGGUUGGCGACAGGCAUUGUUGGGUUUAUUCUUUGCCUCUUUUACCCAAAGCAAAUCAGACUUCCUUUAUUGAAGCCAAUUCAUAG